AUGAAGAAGGUGUUCUCCCGCUUCGACACGGACGGGGACGGCAGGAUCUCGCCCUCGGAGCUGGCGGCCGUGUCGCGCGCCAUCGCGCCGCCGGCCACCGAGUCGGCAGGGGGCCGGGAGGUGGCGUCCAUGAUGGACGAGCUCGACACCGACCGCGACGGCUACGUGGACCUCGGCGAGUUCGCCGCCUUCCAUGACCGUGACCGCGGGGAGCGCGAGCUGGACGCCGAGCUGCGUGAUGCCUUCGACAUCAACGGCGACGGUCGCAUCUCCGACGCCGAGCUCAGCAAGGUCCUGUCCCGGAUCGGCGAGGGAUGCACCGCCAGGCCCCGUACCCAGCGUCGUCCCUGGCCGCCGAUUGCAGCGCAUACACCGCGGUGCGCCCCGAGUGGAUGUGGUGGGAGGAGGGAACGCGGGGAGCUGCCCGCGCGGCGCUUCGAGGCCCUCGCCCGCUCUUGCCGCGCCGCCUCGCUCGCGCUCUCCAACCGCAAGGAGAUCGCCACCCCGCACCUCGGCGCCGUCAACUCCCUCCAGGUCCCCUUCUCCCCCUCUCGUUCCUCCAAUCGCACCCCUAUCACUGCCUCCCCAACCUUACGCCCCCGCAUCAGCUGUGCGUAG